GCAGGGGUGGGGGCGGGGCGAGCGCCGCGAACCUGGAAAGCGGAUCUGACCACGCAGUUCGCACUGUCAGGUCUAGGCGGGCCCAGAGAGGGACCCCCUAGCCGCUCUCCCCAUGGGGAUGUGUUUUCCCUGUCCGGGGGAGUCCGCGCCUCCCUCGCCGGACCUGGAAGAGAAAAGAGCAAAGCUUGCAGAGGCUGCAGAGAGAAGACAGAAGGAGGCUGCAUCUCGGGGCAUUUUGGAUGUUCGGUCUGUGGAAGAAAAGAGAAAGAAAAAGGAAAAAAUAGAAAAACAAAUUGCUACAUCUGGGCCCCCACCAGAAGGUGGACUUAGGUGGACAGUUUCAUAAGCGUAACGUGAGUAGAAAAGUCUACUGCCAGUAACUAAUAUCUGCAAUCAAGUGGACGUCCGCAGCCUAAUGUCUUCUCUUUGAAUAAAUAAAAUAAUUUAUUGUAAUUGUAGUGCCAUUAAAUGCAGUCAGUGCUUUUCCAGUAUUGAUAGACCGAAACUGUUUUUGAUGUUCAAACUUAGAAAAUGGCCAGACCCUUCAGCAAAUACUUAUUUUCUUACAUUUGCUCUUGUGCAGGUAGUGGGUGAUUUGCCAUUUUUUAGUAAUUAAAACAUGGACCUAAAUAGUGAAUAUAUAUAUAUAUGUCGCAUGCAAAAAGUCUGCAUACACCUCAGACAUUAAAGUUUGCCAUUGUAUUUUAUCUCCUUUAUACGAUGACCUAGCAAUCUAUAUUUUUCUGCUUAGCCUUGUAUCUGUUUUUAUUUCAUUAUCUAUGAAGGCUUUUGCUUAAAAGUAUGGACUUUGUGCCUUUAAACUGAUCAUCAGGGAAAAUGUUGAAAAAUCAUUUGAAGGGCUUAUGUGAAGGGACACUGUAAAUUUUUGUAUCUUACCAAUGAAUGAGUAAUGAAAAUUUGUAGAAACUGUUGAAUUUCUCCUAAUUUAUUUUCUAUUUCUGUGGCUUAUAAAAUUAACAUGUAGGGUUUUACAUUGCAAUAAAAGUGUUUUUUUGCUUGCUGAA